AUGGCAGCUGGUGUCCAGAGCGUCAGGAAAGUUCUCCCUGCAUUCCAGGUGUGCCGUGCUCCCAGUGGCCCCGAGGAGCUGCAGCAGCUCCUUGCACCGGUAGCAACCCAGCUGGAAGCCGCAGGGAAGCUGGGAUCGGGAUCCCGCUCCCCAUACCUCAAUCACUUCAAGGUGGUGGGGGAGGCCGCCCAGGCGCUGUCCUGGGUCGCAUACUCUGGCCCCAACUGCGGCAUGCGCAGCCCCCCAGACCAUGUGUCGGAUGCCUUGCAGGCUGCCGAAUUCUAUGCAAACAAGGUCCUCAAGGACUGGAGGCCCAAGGAUGCCACGCACGGGGAGUGGGUAGCUGCACUCAAAGCCGUGCUGAAGGCCAUGCAGGACUUUUGUGCGGCCGAGUACCCCAGGGGACCUGCCUGGAAGGAGGGCGGCCUGUCCGCCGCAUGCUUCCUGCAGGGCGACAGUGGGGCGCCCUCCUCCACGCGGGCCCCCGCGGCGCAGCCUCCCUCUGCGCCGCCCGCCGCGGCCACCACCUCCCAGCCAGGCGCCGCGCAGCCUGCCAAGCGCGCCGGCCAGGUCCCGCGUGCUCCCCCGCCCCCUCCUCCUGGCCACCUGACCAAGCCCAGGGGAGGUCCCGCUGAUGAGGAAUCGAGGAAGGCCUCCGGCCCCACCGGCGUGGCUGCCCUCUUCGCCGACCUCAACCGCGGCACGGCCGUCACCGCCGGGCUGCGCAAGCUGGUGCAGGGGCAGAAGUGGGCCGUGGAGCACCAGGUCGGGGUGCCAGACCUGGUGGUGGCAGACACCGAGCCCAAGCACACCGUGUACGUGUACGGCUGCCGGAACUCCACAAUACAGGUCAAGGGCAAGGUGAACGCCAUCUCCCUGGACAAGUGCUCGCGAGUGGGCCUGCUCUUCGACCGGGUGGUGGCGUCCGUGGAGCUCGUCAACUCCUCGUCCGUCGACGUCCAGUGCACGGGCGGGGUGCCCACGCUGGCCAUCGACGCCUGCGACGGCGUGCAGCUCUACCUGCCGCGCUCGUCGCUGGACACGGAUGUGACCACGGCGAAGAGCAGCGGCGUGAACAUCAUCGUGCUGGCGGGCGACGAGGACGGCGGCAAGGAGGCGGAGGGGCCCGCUGAGGCGGCGGUGCCGGAGCAGUUUGUGACGCGCUUCCGGGACGGCGCCUGGGUCACCACGCCUGUCAGCCACAGCGGCGCCUAG